AUGCCACCAAUAGGGCCCUCCGGAUUUAUAUCUCCCACUCCAUGGAAGCAACCGCUUCCUCCUCACACUUACAAAAUGUCCAACUGGCAAAAUCCUCAAUCCGCCGACUUCUACUCUCCCUCAUGCCAAUCGUACCAACCCCUUCCUCCUAACACCAACACAGUUUCCAACUGGGAAAAUGCUCAAUCCACCGAGUUCAGAUCUUCCCCAUGUCCAUGGAAUCAACCCAUUCCUUUUCCCAUCUUGAACUUCACCAACUGGAAAAAUCCACCAUCCAAUGAUCUUCCAGGGACAUCGACAGCCUAUUCAUCUCUUCCUCAACAACUUUAA